UAUGUCAAUCAAUUGUUUUCCUGGUAACAUGCAAUCUUCAUUCUACAUUUGUGAUGCGUUUCCAGGCUUUCACUGCAGUUUUUAUUUGUUGGUGUUAGGUUUGAGAGGGUACUCCCUUUAGUCUGCUCUUUAGCAGGUAAGAAUGCAUGCUCUAUAGGGUUUAAAUGACUAUGGGGUUUUGAUCCACUUCACAGUGAGUUUUGAGUCAUUAUCUUGCUGCAUCCUUAUCAGAGCCAAUACUUUGGAUGUGAGUGGAGUGGAGUGAGUGUCUUAUUUAAGUGUCCCAUAACAUCACAGCCUGUAGCAGCUAAAAACACUCUACAAAUGAACCAUAUGUAAACAAAUGUCUGCAUUAAUUUUUCUGCAGAAUCAGAGACAAUGGCACUGCGUAAGACUCUGUAUGUGAUGGUGCGAGGAUACAGAAAAACAGUCAAAUCUCACAGUUCCCCAAGGGGUGGGGGGUCCAGUUUUACAGCCUUAGUAAAAUAGUCAGCAAAACAGCUUAAAGUGAUUACUCUCUAAUCAAUCUGAUCUAAUAAACACAUGAAAGCGUCUGGAAUUCCCGCUGAAAUUGGAAGCGCACUCGCCCACAUCUCAGGUCUCGUGCACUUCCUCAGCCCACCCGGCCAUGAAAGGGACACUCAGUGCCAACGACUGCCCUGCCCCUACUCUUCACCUAUAAAACAGGUGUGCAUUCAGGAGCCCAACUGCAGAGCUACAGCCUUGUCUGUCCGACCCAUUGAAAGCCCCAGCUGACCCAGCUUGAGUACUGACCCGUGAGUACUGACCUGCGAGUACUGACCCAAACAUGAGCACAAACCACCUGUCCAAGUAUGACGAGCUUCGCAAGGGGGACUACCUGUGGUCCAACAACAGGGAGUGGAAGGCUGUGUUCCAGGAUGAUGGGAACUUUGCCAUUUACGGGUGGAGGCAGGUGUGGUCAUCUGACACGGGUGGCACGAGGGACGCUCACCGCCUGUGCAUGCAGGACGACUGCAACCUGGUCCUGUACAAGCGGGACAACAAGGUGCUGUGGCAGACGAAGAGCCAGGCGUCCGGUGCCUUUAAGGUGUGCCGGCUGUACCUGCGCAACGACGGCAACCUGGUGAUUGAGAGAGACGGAGAGGAGGUGUGGAACUCGGCCCAGUCCAAGGGCUACAAGUGAAUCGGCCAAUCAGAGAGGCUGUGAAGAGUCAAAUGACCUCACAGUGACCCCACUACAAAGAGAACAUGAUAAAGAUAAAACAAUAUAAUCAAUAAAGUUGAACUGCAUGCUCCUAA